UUAAACGCUGUGUGGCGUGUUUGACCGAGUGGAGAGAGUCUGAGAUCCCCACUUUGCAGAGCGCAUGUGGACUGCCAGCCUGUCCGGGACUGAGCGCACGAUGAAGAGGAGCGACAGAGCCGGAUUCCUUUUCUGAUCUGUAAGAUGAGAGCCCCGGCGCUGAGGCCGAAGAGUUCAGGAGGAUUUGUAAAGGGAAGAUUAACAGUUCACGAAGGAGAAAUGUCCACAACUGCAACUCCAACCAUCCCCUCCUUCCAGCUGACAUCUGAUCAACUCACAGUGGUCGCUGCGUCCUCAGUUUCCUCUCUGGUGUUCUUUGUGGUUAUCGUGGUGCUGCUGUCCAUCAUCUACCGCAAGGAUCCUCAGUGCUGCAGACUCUUCUCCUAUCAGGGGCCACAUGCAGAUAUGGGUGCUCCCUCUCAGUACUACAGCAGCAGGCAGACGCUGGUGCCAUCUCCUUGUCUCGAGCAGACACAGAUCACUGAUGACAGCAGCACUCAGCAGGCAGGUCAGCUGUUCUACGUCGGCCUGCCCUCUAGCUACAGCCUGCCUGUGCUGGAAGGCCCCCUGCCGAGGCUCCCCUCCUAUGAGAGCGUCCGAAAGAAGGACCGCCAGAGGCAGAUCCAUAUGAUGAUCGCAGACCGUUUUGGUCUCAAUGGACCCAUUGUGACUGAGCCUCCUCCAACUUAUGAAGAGAGCAUCCGUCAGUCGGUGGAGCUGCCGUACAACAUCCUCUCAUCCAGCCUGGACGUCCCCUCUGCUCAGAGUUUCUACACCAACACUAGAGCCGUCGUUCAGACUAACACAGCUCCUCCUGCUAACUUAGAAGCCGCCGACAACACCGUCCUACCCGUGUGACGCCGAUCAAGCCAUCAAGCUCUCUGGUGAAUGUGAAGCAGAAUUGCGAUCUUUAACGUAACGCAGAUGCAGUUACUAAAUCGACUGGACCCUUAACAGUUGCGUACAAGAUGAUUCUGAUACCUCAAAACUGACAGAGCUAAUGUUGAUCAUGAGCUGAAAGGCAACCAUACAAGGAGCAGGGAAGGACACGUUUGAAUGUUAAAAAUACUUUGUGACAUUUACUGUGCUCUACCGUGCCAGUGAGUUUGAAAACAGAAACACUGAAUACUCAUAAAACUAAGGUGGCUGGCACAUCUCGAACAGAAAAGGGAAGAGGGGAUCUCUGGACUAUAGAACUGAAACAUACCAAAAAAAGGGAACGACUAUUUACUUUGUUGAUUACAGUGACGCAUAUUAAAUUCCGUUAAUGUUUUCACAGUUAGCUCUUCUCAUUUAUUCUAAUGUCCACGAACUGGAAACCUCAUUGUGUGGUUUUUAAAGAGGUCUGUUUGUUUAGUAGCUGCCGUAAAGUGGGCUUCUUUACCCCGCUGAGGCGAUGCAACGCUGCUCUAGCUUGAGGCCUGCAAGAGGGAGAAUAAAAAAGGUGCUAAUGAUUCAUGGAAUCGAAACUAGACAUUCAUUACAAAACUUUUGUCAUUACCCCAUCUUUUGAUUUUUUCUAUUUACACACCAGAUUUUAUGUCUUAAUGUUCUGUGCGUUAUUUUCUCUUACUUUCCAUGUACACGUGUCGUAUGUUUGCCCUGCAUAUGUCUCGUACUGUAUUUAUUGAAGAAAGAUAAUUGACAUCUUGUUAUUUCUCUGUGGA